AUGUCUUCCUCCCCGACGGAGCGCUUCAGGGAGCUUGCACUCGAAAGCAUGCCGCCCAUCACCCGCCUCCAGAGCCGGAGGCAUGAGCAGCAGCAGCAAGAACAACAUCCCCACCAAUAUCAGCAAGCGCAAGCGCUAGCCCAGGAGCAAGAGCAGCUCCAGGGGCAGCUAAUAAAGAGUGAAGAAGAAGAGGAGAUGGAGGACUCGAGCGUUUCUUUCUCUGAGUCCGACGCCGAGCCCGAGUUCGACAUCGACGAAGACGGGAUCAUGGUUUCCCCCUCGGGGCUCCGGUACUCUUUAGAUCUGCUUGACGAGCAAGCUCGUGACAACGUCGCGCGGGCGGUCGAGGUGCCGUCGCAGCUCGCCUUACGCGGCUGCCAGCCAGGCGACGAGCGCUGCCUCUUCCUCAUCACCGAGCCUGUCGAGUACACGGUGCGCACGGGCACCGCGCAGAGCGGCUACGGCGUGCCGAGCUGCACGUGCGAGGGCGACGAUGGCGACGAGCGUCCCUGCCGUCACAUCCUCUGGCUCUUCGACCGCAUCGCCGCCCAAGUCCUCGGCGAGCACCAGCCGCAGCUCCUACCCCUCUCCCCACACGGCCACGCCGCCGCUCUCGGUGAGAACCCCUACGAUGCCAUCGCUGCCUUCCACCUCGAUAUGCUGGCCGACUGCCUACAUUGCGGCAUCGUCGGCAGCCCUACCCCCGACGACGGCGGUGACGACAACAGAUAUGAUAAUAACGACGAUAGUGACGACGAUGCUGUACGCCGAGACGGCCCGAGCCCCCGCCGCGUCCAGGAGACGCGGGAGCUGCUCGCCACGCUCAGCGAUGUGCCGGCUGAAGCGUACCGCCCGGACCUGUUCGAAGACAACAACGACAACAACCAUCAACGCCUCUAUCGCGGCGCACACCAGGACCGCCGGGACUGGGACCGCAACCGCCGCGGCGGCGCUGGGCGCGGGCGCGUUGUUCGACGAGGCGACCUCGAGCAGACGGUCGCGCGUAUGCUAUUGCGCAACGACGACGUCUUCGAGUCAUUCCUCACAGCGGUAAAGGCGGACGAGCGGCGACGCGGAGCGGGGCAGGUGCUGCGGUUCCGGAGCCUGCUGCGACGCGCCGAGGCAGCCCUCGCGGGGCUGGGGCAGCACGCCCGGAGAGGGCGUUCGGUACGGCAGGGGGGGGUGUGGGGGAGCGACAGCACCAAGCCGAAGGACGUCGCGUGGUGCGCCUCGCACCUGACGGCGGUGGCGCGGCAGCUCUACGCCGCGAUCCACACGACGGCGCGUCCGCUCAAGGCAGCCGAGCUGCGCGAGGCGGCGCGCGCCGCGGUGCGCGUGCUGCAGCGCGUCGUGCUCGACUUCGCGGCGGACCUCGACGAUGCCGACGACGCCGACGCCGACGCAAGGGCGGACCGCGGCGAGCUGCCGAACGGGGAGGGCGAGGCGCCCGCCGCUCCUCGCGAGAGCGCAAACCUCUACUGGCACCUCGUCGGCGCGCGCGACGGCAACUUCGUCGUCGACGUGCUCGCGUCGAUCCCGCCCGAGGUCCUGGCGCCCUGGAUCGAGGACCUCGCCGCCGUCGAGGCGCGGGUCGCGGCGCUCGGCGCCCCCGCGUCGUACCGCGCGCGGCUGCGCGCCCUGGUAGAGCAUCUGAGAUCGCGGCGCGCGGCCGCAACGGCAGCAGCAGAGGCGGGCGGCGCGGAGAGGGGUAGCGGACGCGUUGGCAAGGAAGACUGA